UGCAGGGAUACGUAUGAAAUAUAACUCCAUUCUGUUACAGCGUUACGACAUUUCCGCCUUAGUUUGCGACUGUUGUGCUUUAUGGGUUAGUCUGUCGUACAAAUUACUAUUCGUACACUGUACAUGUCGAUUGUGUGGCUGCAAAUAAAAUGCAAUUAUAUUAUUAUAAUCCCGUUAAUUUACAGUAGAAAUUGUACUUGCAGUGUUCUCUAACGGCGGCAUUGGAAGCAGAGUACCCCCUCCCUUUCCUGUAAUAGUAUCGUCCAGAGGCUAUAUAAAUACCCCGCCGAGAACGCCUCAUCCGGAGCAAUGUGUGCGGCUUCGGUUGCUAAGGAACCGUAGAGCGAAGGUGAAACGAAGAUGGUAUUAAUGCAUCCAACCAAAUGAGGUCUGGAGGCCACAAGGAAAAUAUCAUGCCAGGUGUCUGACAAAACUGCUCUGCAUGUCUGUUCCUGGAUCAGCGCAACCAUUAUGGUGACACUUAUCACAGAGCAGCUCCGAAAGCAAAGUCUGGAAGAACCUUAUCACAAGGCUUUCAAUACACUCCCUGCAUUAGGCUCCAGCGCCGCGAUCUCCUGGAAUGCAUGCAAAUCAACGCAAGAGAGCAGCUUUGCUGCACAGCCAUCAUUCAAAGCCAAACCACUUGAUGCAACAUGUGGACUGGAUUCCAUUACAGCCAACACUUUUCAGAGAUCCCCUCCCCCACCCCCUCCAAAACGGCACUGUCGCUCCCUAUCUGUUCCGGAGGACCUGUCUCAGUGCCGCUCCUCGUGGCAUCCUUGUGCAUCCAAAGUUUGGACCCCAGUAAAACGUGUCAGCCAAAGUGUCGGAACAGCUCAUUUAGGCUUACUUGGCAGCUCGAUGCCUGUUUGCGGUCCCAUGACCUUCUCAGGGUCAUCCUCUCGACAUUCCUCCUCGAGCCCUACUUUCUUUAGCUUAGCAUUAUCUGCCGACUCACCGCUGUUGUGGAGCUUUCCAUGGGACCCAUGUGACUCACCAAAAACAACCUGCUCUUCAUCAUUUGCCACCCCAUCCUCUUGCUCCUCAUCCCCGACACCCCUCGUCGGGCACUCUGUGCUGCCGCGCUGCUACUCCCUGUCGCCUCUGCAAGUGCUGACCACGUCAGUGUUGUCCCAGCACCCGCAGCUGUCCCACACUUCUGCUCUGUCCUAUGGGCGCUUGGGCAUGGAGUGCCCAGCUUCGUCUGCUUCCCCUACUUCAGCCUGCAGCACACCAUCCUCCUCUCGACGCGACAUGUGCCGCGCACUGCCACGAUGCCACUCACAGCCAUGCGACAUGCGCAAACCUCGCUUGAAGCGCCGCCACGACCCAGAUGUGUUACCUGGCCCCAGACCGGGGCUUGACUUCAGUAAGAUGACACAGAUUGGCGAUGGGGUGGCCCUAGUCUCGGGUUCAGGUGCUUGCGUCGCUCUGAUCCAUUCCCAAAUGGAACAGAACUCUCCUGUGGAGCUCCUGGGUCAUGCCUGCAUCAGACCACUGAGUGAAAGUGAAGAAGAGGAUGAAGAUGAUACCAUAAAAAGAACUGUGACGCCUGAGGCCCAUUUGCUCUUUGAACGGGACUGCACAGAACUCGACUUGAACCUCAUAGAAGAAAACUGAAAGUGAAGAGGAGGAUUAAGAUGAUACCAUUAAAAGAACUGCGACGCCUGAUGCCCAUUUGAUCUUUGAACGGGACAGCAAAAAACUCUAACUUGAACCUCAGAAGAAAACUGAUGAUCGAGGGAAACUCUGCUUCCUGUGGUCACAGCUUCCUUUACUAUGUUAAGCACACUUGUACAUGCUCUCCGCCUCAGGCUUAUGACAAGAGUCAAGAUAGAAUCAAUUUGCAGUUAUAAAUAAACCACUUGCGAGCUAGUUACUGUUUCAAAAUUAAAAAACAAAA